UUUUCUCAGUUUGAAACUAACCGGCAAGUGUGUAGCAAGUUUCUUGUGGCAACUUCGACAAUUUAAUGAUUUUCAAACAGAAAGAGGAAUACAAAAAUUCUAAAAAUAAAGUUGAAAAGAAAGAUCGAAUUUGAAAGUGAAUGUUAAUAAGAAUCUCCAAAAAACCAUCGACAUUCCCAACGAUAAUAAAUUUAACGAAGUGUCUUAAGAAAAAGUGAUUUUCCACGCUAUCGACGUUGAUAAGAUAAACAAGCAUAGAGAAAAAUAAAAAAAGAUAACAAACUGUAAAGAUAUUUCUUAACUCAUUUUCAAAGGAAAAGUUAUUUUAAAAUGCACCGCAAGUAGUCUUUAUUUCACUUAGAAUUUUCCUUUGAAAAAAAUGGGCGAAUGCCUCGAGCGAAUCAAUAAUUGUCUUGAAUUUCUUAAUUUAUGCAAACCAAAGGAGUCCCCUAAUAAUAAUAAUAAGCAAGAAAGGUCCGAUUCAUCAUAUAAACUGUUAAAUAUGAGUAAAUAUUACACACUUCUGUUGCCGACAAGACCGAAAGUCAACGAUGAGAUCAGAAUCAAAGCGAAGUUGAACGAGCGUCCAAAAGAAUUUAUAUUGAACUUAUGCGUUGACUCUGCAAUUGACGAUGAAGAUGAACCAGCCAUGAUUGCUUUUCAUUUUAAAACAAAGUUCAAACAUCAUAUGGAUGGAAAUUCAUCGGUAGUAUUAACAUGCAAACGAGGUCCAAACGGUUGGGAUGACUUCGAAGAAAUUGAGAAUACAUGGAUAGACGAUGAUGUUGAUGAGAUUGAUGUCGCAAUAAAAUUCACCAAGAGAGAAAUUCAUUUUAUGUCAGGCGGAUCCAGUGAAUAUCAGUUUGCACAUCAGUAUGAAAUUCAUAGGAUUGAUCGUCUUCAAAUUGGUGGCGAUUUGGAAUACAUCGAAGAAGUAGCGUUACGAUAUAAAAACUAAUUCCAGCUAUCGAACAUAAAUCUUACGAAAAUAUUUUUGAAAAUUUCGCCUACAUUUUUAUUUUUAUAUUUUUCCAUUUCAAGGAAGCCUUGCAAUGCUUUCGAAGUAUUUUCUUCUCAUUUCAUUCAAUCGUUUUACGACCCAGUCACGCACAUUUCUAGUUUUAUUUUAUAGAGUUAAAUAGACCUCUGACCUGAUUCAGUCAAUGUAUGUAGUUUGUUUCUUCUUUUAAAUAUACGAUAUACACAGUAUUGUGCAAUAAAUGGUGAAUUUUGAAACAGAUGUUUACAUGCAAAAAAUUCAUGUUGAUAUGUUUUGACUUUUUUAAAUUUGAGUUUUUACAUUCCAGA